GCGUGGCUUGAACGAUAUAAACACAGCGGUUCCACUCUGAGAGCCCUCACUUAACUUCAAGACCGGCAUUAUCUAAAUUUCUUUGGACUUUCAAAUCAUAUUCUGGCGAGUGGCAAGAACCUUCAACACUUGCCAUUCAGUUAAGGUGUAGGUGUAUAUUGGUUGACACUCCAUAUUCUUGAAUCUUGUCUAGAGCUGCAAUAAACCAGACAGCGUUCCAAACAAAAGCCACUGAACGACUUGGCUAUAGCCGACAGCCUACAUGCAUUGUUUUUAUCUAGCUAUAGCUUGAUUUAGUACAUUUUUAUUGUUGCCCAGUUAAACUGUGUCUAUAGCUAUGAAUAAAUCUAAGCUAGCAUUCGGACUUUUAGUCGUUGGCACUCUGACAGUAGUUUUUGGAACAGUUAUAGUUUUCGUUGGACCAAUCAUUAUCGACAACCAAAUAGUCAAGAACUUAGUGAUAGACCCUAAGAAUGAGAUGUCCUACACCAUGUGGAAGGAUGUCCCUGUCCCCUUCUUCAUGACUGUCUAUUUCUUCAAUGUCCUGAACCCUACUGAAGUCCUGGCUGGAGAGAAACCCAUGGUGGAGCAGAGAGGACCCUAUGUAUACAGGAAGCGUAUUCAGAAGCAGAAUAUCACGUUCCAUACAAACCACACAGUGUCAUAUCUUGAAUACAGGAGCUACUUCUUUGAGCCCAGCAUGUCUGUGGGCAAUGAGUCGGAUGUGGUCACCAUCCCCAACAUGCUGGUGUUGGGUGCAGCAGUGAUGAUGGAGAACUUGCCGUUCGCAGUGCGUCUGAUGAUCAGCACCACCUUUAAGACCUUUAAGGAGGGACCUUUCCUCACCAAGUCUGUAGGAAAGCUGAUGUGGGGCUACGACAGCAAGCUGGUGGACUUCCUCAAUAAAUGGCUCCCUGGGAUGCUGCCCUCCACUGGCAAGUUUGGCCUUUUUGCUGAGUUCAACAACUCAAACACUGGUUUGUUCACAAUCCACACCGGCAAAGAUGACAUCCGGCUGAUUCACAAAGUGGACUCAUGGAAUGGCCUGACCAAGUUGACCAAUUGGAAGACUCCUCAGUGUAACAUGAUCAAUGGUACAGCAGGACAAAUGUGGCCUCCCUUCAUGACCAAAGAAUCUACACUGCCUUUCUACAGUCCUGACGCCUGCAGAUCUUUGGAGAUGGUAUACCAGCGUGAGGGGAUAAUGGAGGGGAUUCCUCUGUAUCGUUACGUGGCUCCUAAGACUCUGUUCGCUAAUGGCUCCGACUACGCUCCCAACGAGGGAUUCUGUCCCUGCAGACAGUCUGGCCUCCUCAACGUCAGCAGCUGCAGAUCCAACUCCCCAGUGUUUAUCUCCCACCCGCACUUCUACAAUGCUGACCCUGUCCUGCUGGACUAUGUACAGGGACUUCAGCCUACUGAGGACCAACAUGGACUCUUCAUAGACAUCCACCCUGAGACUGGUGUACCUCUGAAUGUGUCUAUCCGUCUGCAGCUCAACUUGUACAUGAAGAAAGUGUCUGGGAUCACGGAAACGGGGAAGAUCUCAGAGGUGAUGAUGCCCAUGAUGUGGUUUGAGGAGAAUGGUUAUAUCGACGGUGAAAUCCUGACGACGUUCCACACUAACCUGGUGCUAUUGCCAAUGGUGAUGGUGUACAUGCAGUACUGUUUCAUAGUCCUGGGCCUGGCCACCAUACUGGGGGUUGUACUACUAUACUACAGGAACAAGAUAAGAUGUGAGGGAACUGUCAUACAGGACACCAACAGGAGCGAACAAACCCCUCUACUACAGCACUGGGUGGACACACAGAUAGCAGUCUAGCCCAGUGCUGCAGAGCUCUGUGUUUGAGACUGAAACCCUAUAGCCACUGACUGACAAUUCUCUCUCUCUAUAUAUAUAUAUAUAAAUAAAUAAAUAAAUAUAUAUAUAUAUAUAUAUAUACUGCUCAAAAAAAUAAAGGGAACACUAAAAUAACACAUCCUAGAUCUGAAUGAAUGAAAUAUUCUUAUUAAAUACUUUUUUCUUUACAUAGUUGAAUGUGCUGACAACAAAAUCACACACAAAUUACCAAUGGAAAUCAAAUGUAUCAACCCAUGGAGGGCUGGAUUUGGAGUCACACUCAAAAUUCAAGUGGAAAACCACACUACAGGCUGAUCCAACUUUGAUGUAAUGUCCUUAAAACAACUCAAAAUGAGGCUCAGUAGUGUGUGUGGCCUCCACGUGCCUGUAUGACCUCCCUACAACGCCUGGGCAUGCUCCUGAUGAGGUGGCGGAUGGUCUCCUGAGGGAUCUCCUCCCAGACCUGGACAAAAGCAUCCGCCAACUCCUGGACAGUCUGUUGGUGGAUGGAGCGAGACAUGAUGUCCCAGAUGUGCUCAAUUGGAUUCAGGUCUGGGGAACGGGCGGGCCAGUACAUAGCAUCAAUGCCUUCCUCUUGCAGGAACUGCUGACACACUCCAGCCACAUGAGGUCUAGCAUUGUCUUGCAUUAGGAGGAACCCAGGGCCAACCGCACCAGCAUAUGGUCUCACAAGGGGUCUGAGGAUCUCAUCUCGGUACCUAAUGGCAGUCAGGCUAUGUCUGGCGAGCACAUGGAGGGCUGUGCGGCACCCCAAAGAAAUGCCACCCCACACCAUGACUGACACACCGCCAAACCGGUCAUGCUGGAGGAUGUUGCAGGCAGCAGAACGUUCUCCACAGCGUCUCCAGACUCUGUCACAUCUGUCAUGUGCUCAGUGUGAACCUGCUUUCAUCUGUGAAGAGCACAGGGUGCCAGUGGCGAAUUUGCCAAUCUUUGUGUUCUCUGGCAAACGUCCUGCACGGUGUUUGGCUGUAAGCACAACCCCCACCUGUGGACGUCAGGCCCUCGUACCACCCUCAUGGAGUCUGUUUCUGACCGUUUGAGCAGACACAUAUGCACAUUUGUGGCCUGCUUGAGGUCAUUUUGCAGGGCUCUGGCAGUGCUCCUCCUGCUCCUCCUUGCACAAAGGCGGAGGUAGCGGUCCUGCUGCUGGGUUGUUGCCCUCCUACGGCCUCCUCCACGUCUCCUGAUGUACUGGCCUGUCUCCUGGUAGCGCCUCCAUGCUCUGGACACUACGCUGACAGACACAGCAAACCUUCUUGCCACAGCUCGCAUUGAUGUGCCAUCCUGGAUGAGCUGCGCUACCUGAGCCACUUGUGUGGGUUGUAGACUCUGUCUCAUGCUACCACUAGAGUGAAAGCACCGCCAGCAUUCAAAAGUGACCAAAACAUCAGCCAGGAAGCAUAGGAACUGAGAACUGGUCUGUGGUCACCAUCUGCAGAACCACUCCUUUAUUGGGGGUGUCUUGCUAAUUGCCUAUAAUUUCCACCUGUUGUCUAUUCCAUUUGCACAACAGCAUGUGGAAUUUAUUGUCAAUCAGUGUUGCUUCCUAAGUGGACAGUUUGAUUUCACAGAAGUGUGAUUGACUUGGAGUUACAUUGUGUUGUUUAAGUGUUCCCUUUAUUUUUUUGAGCUGUGUGUGUGUGUGUGUGUGUGUGUGUGUGUGUGUGUGUGUGUGUGUGUAUAUAUAUAUAUAUAUAUAUAUACACACAGUGCCUUGCGAAAGUAUUCGGCCCCCUUGAACUUUGCGACCUUUUGCCACAUUUCAGGCUUCAAACAUAAAGAUAUAAAACUGUAUUUUUUUGUGAAGAAUCAACAAGUGGGACACAAUCAUGAAGUGGAACGACAUUUAUUUGAUAUUUCAAACUUUUUUAACAAAUCAAAAACUGAAAUAUUGGGCGUGCAGAACAUUUCUGGGAUCUAUUAUUUCAGCUCAUGAAACAUGGGAUCAACAUUUUACAUGUUGUGUUUAUAUUUUUGUUAAGUGUAGAUAUGUAUUCUUCUGCUUUCCUUUCUUACUUUACUCCUGGUAGCAGUUGCCUACAUGCACAGAUCUAAAAUCGGCAAACCUGACCCUAAAUCAGAAAUGCAAAACUGACCCUAAAUCAGCAUCUAGAGGCAACUUCAUUCUACAAUAGCUCACCAGACAAAAUAACCAAAGUCUACUGUUAUUUGAGAUAACUGAGAUACAAUUAUAUUUUUUGCCAGAGUUGUGGUCAAUUGUAUUUUAAUUUCAGUCAAUUCAGGAAGUACACUGAAAUUCCCAUGCUUUUCAUUGAGGAAAAUGUGGAAAUGGAAUUUGGUGUACUUUCUGAAUUGAAGUGGAAUUGACCUAACCCUGUUUUUGCAUGUGGUGAAUAACACCUCAUUCAGAUCAAAUUAGGUAUGUCUUAGGCACCAAUAAUGACUGAGAUUACAAUUGAGCUAUUUAAAUAAGGAACUCUCGCUCUCUAUAUAUUCCCCCAAAAGAUAGGCGAUAAUGAAGACGACUCAUGAAAAAAAUUGUCAAGGUUCUUUUCUGUGUAAGUGGGCGUUCCCUCUCUCGCAUGGGCAUGCUUUUCAACUUGAGCACGUGCAAAAAUGGUCUUGCGAGAGAGAGUACGCCCACUUACACAGACCGGAAACUGCCCAAUAACAGCUAUCUCUGGCCUACCUAUCCUCUCCCCGGAAAUGACUCUGUCUGGGGUUUUACUACACCUUACUUCUGCCUUUUUAAUUGGAGAUGUUUCCUUUGCCCAAUCCGAAAUUGACCUCUAACCCCUUGGCACUCCGUGCAGAUGUAGAUUUGAGAGGAUUGGAUAGCUGUGAUAGCUCCAUAUUGUUCUCUGUUUUUUUACCAUACAGAAAAAUGCUCCAGGUUAGGGGCUAGCCAGCCUCUGUCACAGGCUUUCACUUCUUAAUGUGAGUGAUGCCGAGGCAUCCAAUGCUAGGUGCCAGGGGUCCAUUUGGAAUUGGGCUGUUUCUGUCCUCUGCAUUUCACUGUGUGCUUUCUCAGCACACAGGACCUUUGAAUGAGAUUGAUAAUGUGAAAUGUGGAUUUGCCCCCUCAUACUCCUUGUAGACUCCUUUAGUGGUGAAGAUGAUGAAUAACUCUUUCUUAAAUAAUAAAUCAAUGUGCCUGGAAUAGGUAUACAGUACUUCUACUA